AUGUCUGCCGAGUACCCCGAGCCUGGGUCACAUCAGCCACAGGACCCAUCCUGGGGGUCAGGUGGGCACACUAGGCCUUCCAGCUCGGGUCAAUGCCCCGCUGCGACUCGGCCUGGGCCCUGGAGCCUGCCCGCCUGGAAAGCUUGUGUGGCUGCAGCAGUUCUCUGCUAUAUCAACCUACUGAAUUACAUGAACUGGUUCAUUAUUGCAGGAGUGCUACAGGACGUGCAGAAGUUUUUCCAUAUCCCUGACAGCAGUGCUGGUUUGCUGCAGACAGUCUUCAUCGGCUGCCUCCUGCUGUCCGCACCUGUGUUUGGCUAUUUGGGUGACCGUCACAGUCGCAAGGCCAUCCUGAGCUUCGGGAUUCUGCUCUGGUCGGGGGCAGGCCUUGCCAGCUCCUUCAUCUCUCCCCAGCACUCCUGGCUCUUCUUCCUGUCCCGGGGCCUUGUGGGCACCGGCACGGCCAGCUUCUCUACCAUCGCCCCCACUGUCCUGGGCGAUCUCUUCGUGAGGGACCAGCGGACCCGGGUGUUGGCCGUCUUCUACAUCUUCAUCCCAGUUGGAAGUGGUCUGGGCUACAUGCUGGGGUCGGCCGUGACAGAACUGACUGGGGACUGGCAUUGGGCCCUCCGGACCACGCCCUGCCUGGAAGCCAUAGCCCUGGUCCUGUUGAUUGUGCUCGUGCCAGACCCGCCCCAGGGGGCAUCUGAGAAGCAGGAGGAGGUGGUCAUCGGGGACCCAAGGAGCAGCUGGUGUCAAGAUGUCAGAUACCUGGCAAGAAACCGGAGUUUUGUGUGGUCCACCCUGGGUGUGACAGCCAUGGCCUUUGUGACCGGUGCUCUGGGCUUCUGGGCCCCCAAGUUUCUGUUCGAGGCACGAGUGGUGCAUGGGCUGCAGCUGCCCUGCGUCCAGGAGCCAUGCAACAGCCAGGACAGCCUGAUUUUUGGAGCGCUGACUGUUGUGACUGGCAUCUUUGGGGUCAUCCUGGGGGCAGAGGCUUCAAGGAGGUACAAGAAAGUCAACCCCAGGGCCGAGCCCCUCCUCUGUGCCUCCAGCCUGCUGGCUGCGGCCCCCUGCCUCUACCUGGCGCUCAUCCUGGCCCCCACCACGCUCUGGGCCUCCUAUGUGUUCCUGGCUCUCGGGGAGCUGCUCCUGUCCUGCAACUGGGCGGUGGUGGCUGACAUCCUCCUGUCCGUGGUUGUGCCCCAGUGCCGGGGGACCGCAGAGGCACUUCAGAUCACAGUGGGCCACAUCCUGGGAGACGCCGGCAGCCCCUACCUCACAGGACUGAUCUCCAGCGCCCUGCGGGCCAGGCGGCCAAACUCGUACCUCCAGCGCUUCCUCAGCCUGCAGCAGAGUUUCCUGUGCUGCGCCUUCAUCAUCGUCUUGGGAGGGGGCUGCUUCCUGCUCACAGCCCUGCACCUGGAGAGGGACCAGGUCCAGGCCUGGCAGCCUGACACAGGAACUCCAGUCGGCAAGGACACAUGCAGCGAAGACCUGGAGCGCCAAGGUCUGCUUUCCAGUGAGGCUGCCUCUGCAAGAGACCCCUGAGCCCCACCCACCCAGCCUGCACCCCUCCCCUCCGUCCGUCAGUCCAUUCGUUAGGCUUCCUCUUGCUCAUGCCUCUACCUACCUGGCAGUGACUCGAGAGCCCCUGCGGAGUGGCACCUGGUACUCCUCUCCCUCCAAUCGAGAGUCACCGUGAUCUGGCACCUGGGCUGGAAAUUGAGCCAUCAGCAUCCUCUGUGGGAGGCCGAGACUGAACCUAUGCAGCACCCCAUACAGGACACUCCAAUGUGGAGGCCCCACCUGUUCAC